GUUCAUUUUGGUAUACGGAACCAGUUUGAGUGUACUUAAUCAACACACGUGCUGGCUUAUUAUCAAUAAAUAUAAAAGAAAUAGCGUUAAAUAUGAGUAACAAAUUGUUCGAUGGCUCAGACGACGACGCGGACGAUCUGCAGAUAUCCACUAACCAGGACUACGCCAAGUCAUAUAAUGUUUUACGCAAGAAGGAACUGUUGCAGAAGUAUAAGGAUCGGGGCCUAGAAAUCUCAGAGUCUGAGCUGGACAGUGACAGCGAGUCGUCGGAUGAGGAUGAAGUAGACGUUAAAUUUGAUCAAGAGUUUUUUAAAACUCUGGCAUCAUUGAAAAGCAAAGAUCCUCGAAUAUACGACAAGGAGACGCGUUUCUUUAACCAAAAGGAGAACAGCGCCAGCAGUGAGGACGAAGAUUCGGCCAAAAAGAAAUCCAAUAAGAAGAGCAAGCCUGUAACGUUAAAGGACUACGAACGAAAAGUUAUCUUGGAGCAUAAUGGCAAAUUUGAAAGCUCUGACGAUGAGCAACAGCAGACGGACGAGCAUCUUGAACGUGCACGUUCGCCCACAGCUGUGGAAGAGGAGCGGCGCUUAAAGGCAGAAUUUAGGAGCGUAAUGAACCAGGAGGAUGAUGGAGAAGAUGAGGAAUUUGGAGGUAUCUUUAAGAAGCGUACGAAAACCCAGGCGCAAACGGACGCCGAGGAGGCAGAUUUUGCCAAAUGGCUGGCUGGCAAACAGGCAGAUGCGGAGAUUGAGGCCAGCGCUCAGCAACAGUUGGCCCCGCUGAAGCAGUACUGGAGCAGUAACAAGCUUACCCAAGGCGAGAGCUUUCUACGCGACUAUAUACUGAACAAGGGUUAUGCCAAUACGAAUGCAUCCGAAAUACCCACCUAUGACGAGAUCGUGGGCGACAACGCACCGCUGUCAGAUGAUGAACAGGAGCUUGAGAAGCAGGCAGAGUUUGAGCAAAAGUAUAACUUUCGUUUCGAAGAGCCGGACGCGGACUUUAUCAAACGUUAUCCCCGAACUAUUGAGCAGUCGAUUCGACGUACGGACGACACGCGAAAGGAAAAACGUAAGGAGAUAAAGGAGCGUAAAGAGCAGGAGAAGCUGCAAAAAAUGAAGGAACUGGAUCUGAUAAAGGACAUGAAGCGUAAGGAAAUAGAGGAGAAGAUACGCAAACUAAAGGCCGUCACGGGAAACGAUGAGCUGGGCUUCAAAGAUGAUGAACUGGAAGAGGAUUUCGAUCCAGAAGCACACGACCGUCGCAUGCAAGAACUCUUCAAUGACGAGUACUAUGGUGUGGACGAAGGAGAAGAGAAGCCAGAGUGCCCUUCGGAUAUCGAAGAAUUGGCCAUUGAGGACUGGGACAACUAUGAUCCACGGCAAACCAAUGGUGUUAAUAACGAGGCGCAUUGCGAAGAUGAUGAUUUCAAUAUGGACUGUGACUAUGAUCCACUCACGUCCAAGCAGCAGCUGCAGCAGGAACUGAUUGAGAAUACCCGCAGUCGAAAGAGUCGCAAAGGACGCCGCAACCGGUUCAUGGAAAUGAUCCAAGCGGAAAAGCCCGCGUUUAAUCCGGAGGAUGAGCAAACCUAUGGGGAAUACAUCGAUGAAUACUACCAACUGGACUAUGAGGAUAUUGUAGGCGACCAGCCAUGUCGCUUUAAAUACGUCGAAACGACUCCAAAUGAUUUUGGUCUAACGAUCGAAGAGAUCUUGUUGGCUAAGAACAAAGAGUUGAAUCAGUGGGCUAGCCUGAAGAAGGCAGUACAAAACCGUCCAGAAUAUGUGGAGAAAAAAGAGCAGCGCUUGUACAAACUGAAAGCCAAGAACGAGGAUCUUAAACGAAAAAUUUUCAAAAGCUUAUACGGUGAUGCUUCGGAAGAUGAAGAGGAAACAGGAGCACAAAAUGAAACACAACCAGCCGCAAAAACUGACUCCAAUGAGCAGUCCGCUGCGCCAGUGGCGGACCAAAUUCCCACAGAGACCCUAUCAAAGUCCAAGAGAAAACGACUGAAGCGUAAAGCUGCAGCAGCGGCAAUUGCAAAGAGCCCAACAGCACCAUCAAAAACUGGAAAUGAGGUGAGCAUGGACUCAAUUAAGGAGGAACAUACAACGACGCCAGAUGCAACACCUUCCAAAAAGAAGAGGAUUGAGAAUGCAGAGCAGCAAAAUGCACAAACUUCGACACCAGCUAAGAAGAAACAGAUGGGAGGAAAAGAGCCGCAUAAGGCAAAACAAGAAACGGAUAAAGUCAACUCGAAAAAUCCUUUUGCCAAAAAGCAACUACCCAACAAAAAUACUGUAAAUCAAAAGAGUCCAGCUGCAAAUCGGUUUAACAAAAAUAAUGAAAAGCAAAAGAGUCCCGGUGCCAAUCCGUUUAACAAACAGCAAACGCCAAAACAGGAUGCAGUUGGGCAAGCAUCGGGCGCAAAUCCCUUCAGGAAACCAGGUAAGAAAGACGAUGCGCCGCGUCGACCAGGCGGUGCGGCGACCAAACCACGUUCAAAGCACGACUUCAAGGCGAAAGGUAAGCCGAAUAACUCCAAUCCCAAUGGCAUUAGCGACGACCGCCUCAAGGCGUAUGGCAUUAAUCCACGCAAGUUUCACAAUCGGCAAAAGUAUGGCAAGAAAUCGCAGUGAACAGACUGCAUAUAAAGGA